GUUGCAAAUGCCAUGAAGAACUCACUGCCCUUUGAUGCUCCGGAUGCAUCACAAGAAGGCCAGAAGGUACUGAAAGUAGAAGUUACUCCAACAGUGCCGAGGAUUUCUCGGACUGCUAUUACAACCGCUUCUAUCCGUCGUCAUCGCUGGAGGAGAGAAGAUUCUGAAGGUGUAAAUGGAAGAGAGGAAUCUGUGAACCUUAAUGAUGCUGACGAAGGAUUUUCAUCAGGAGCUUCCCUCAGCAGCCAGCCAGUUGGGACCAAACCUCUAUCAUCUGUAUCCCAGAAGGGCAGCUUAAGGAAAACAGCAAGUGGGCGUUCUGCUAAGGAUAAAGAAACCUCUUCUUCAGCAAAAUCCAAUGAGAGCCCUCGAGAUUCAGUAGCUCGGAAGCAGUACAUGCACCAGUCCACUGAUUUUGGUGCAGAUAUAAUUGAGAUGACACCUACUAAGAAACACCUCAGUCUGCCUGCUGGGCAGGUGGUGCCAAAAGCCAACAGUUUGAGCCUGAUCAGGACCGCCAGUGCUUCCUCCAGUAAAUCAUUUGACUAUGUAAAUGGCAGUCAAGCAGGCUCCAGUGUUGGAGCUGGUACAGAGGGUGUUACCAAUCUAGCAGCUGGCAACACCAACCGGUUUUCAACUAUCAGCCUACAGGAGGACCGACUAGGCCAAGCUGGGGAAGGUAAAGAUCUCCUGCCCCCAGGAGCUCCCCUAACCAAGCAGUCUCGAUCUCCAAGUUUCAAUAUGCAGCUCAUAUCCCAGGUGUAAUUUUGACUCCUUUCCUUAGGACUCCCUCUUUCCCCUUAAUCCCCAAGUAAGUUCAUCCUUAGGCAAAACGUGAACCAUCAUCCUGCAGUGUGAAAAUACUAACUGUUGUGAUCUUGUUUGAUUUGGUUUAGCUAUCAUACUGUAUUACUGAAACAGCAAUAAUUCUUUCCUCACCUUCAUCCCCCCUACCCCCUUGUAAACAUGGUUGUGAAGCAGUAUAUAAUGUACUGUAUGCCUUUUUCCAUGCCUUCCUUUCUCCUUGGGUGAUGUGCAAUCCAUCGUAGGCUGAUCAGUCCCAUUUCAACACUGUGAGACUGGAGACACCUGCAGAAAUGGUGAAUGUGAUCCCUAUGAGAUGAUGCAUUGGCUUUGUUAAGAAAUAGAAACGGGUUUGUUUUCUCAGUCUACAGUACUGCAAAGACUACUGGAUCAUACUUUCUUUCUCAGAACCAGGAGUGCCUCAGAGAUUCUAGUGUGACUUUGGACCUCUCUGAGUCUGUGCAAUCAAUUCUGGGGAGGGGAUUGUCAUUGCUGCUCCUGGCUGCCUACAGCACUUUUUUCAUUAAAAUGAGGGUAGUUUUUUCUUGCC